AUGGGCAAUGUGAACGCGGCGAUUUGUAGAGCAGUCGAUGCAAUAACUGACGCUAUUCCAAAUGCAAUUCGUCCAAAGAAAAAGUCAAAGCAUGUCAAUGCCCUACUAAUCGUUGAUGUACAGUAUGAUUUCAUUGAUGGAUCGUUAGCUCUGAAGAAUUGUCCCAGUCAACACCAAGGAGAGCAAGUCAUACCUGUAAUAAAUAAAUUAUUGGAUGAAAUCAAAUUUGAUGUCGUUGUUUAUACACAAGACUGGCAUACACCUGAUCAUAUUUCGUUCUAUGAUAAUCUACCUUUACGAGCACAUCUACUAGCAAAAGAUUCAAAGUCAAUGGAGGAAUUGAAAGUAUUCGAUACAGCAAUAUUUGUAUUCGAUAACGAACGUCAAUCUCGUGUAGAACAAAUCCUGUGGCCUGUACAUUGUGUACAGCAUACGCAUGGUGCUGAGCUACACCAAGACCUAUCAAUUGUGAAAUCAAAUAAAAAUCGUCAAGUAAUCAACCUGUUCAAAGGUUAUGACAGUGAUAUUGAUUCAUACUCCGCAUUUUGGGAUAACAUGAAAAUACGUGAAACAACUUUACACUCCCGACUGAAAGGAUAUAACGUUCAACAAGUAUUUAUCGUUGGUAUUGCAACGGAUGUGUGUGUCUUUGCAACCGCGUUGCAUGCACUUGAAAAUGGUUAUAAAACUCAUAUUAUAAAAGAUGCAUGCCGUGGUGUGGAUGAAAACAAUAUAAAUCUACGUCUUAAUGAACUGAUCGCUCAUGGUUGUUCCAUGAUACAGACAGCGGAUGUGAAAAGCUUGAUUUAA